AACAUAACUAAAAAUGUCGAUAAUAUAUUGACAUUUUUAGUUACGUUCAGAUGAGGGCGUUUUCGUGUUGGAGUUCAGCUGUCAUUUCGGGAUAAGUCAGGAUAAGUUGAGUUUCACGAAAAACGUCGGCGUGUGUAUGGCCGCUCUCAAACUUCUCUCUGAUAUAUCCUAUCAAAUGAUAGAAUUUUUUAUUAUCGGAACGUACGAAAGAAUUAUUAAACUUUUGGUACUAACUGUGUAUGUGUAUGCGUAUACGAGUAAUUUAGAAAAUAAAGAUAGAAAAGCUAUAUUCUGUGAUAUAUUACUGGUCAUGUAAUUUCAUGGUUAUUCACAUACGACGUAUAUUUAAUGAGUUGCAAACGCUAUAGAUAUGUCAGAGCACAUGGAAUUGCAACAUUUAGUUGAUGCUGAUGUGGAGAGUAACACAACAAACUAUAAAAGAAAAUUCUCUACCUUGUUAUGUAAAUCAUGCCCUUACCUAGGUCUAGUAUUAGCGACAUUCUCGUCUCUAUUCUUUUCGUUAUGUAGCGUCAUUGUUAAAAGCUUGGUUGAGAUAAACCCUACCGAAAUGGCUAUCUUCAGAUUUUUGGGGGUAUUGUUACCAGCUAUACCAAUUGUGAUUUACAAAGGUGAUCAUCCUUUCCCAAAAGGACGUAGGCUAAUACUUAUUCUAAGGAGUUUCAUUGGUACAACAGGACUUAUGUUAAGUUUUUACGCAUUUAGACACAUGCCAUUGGCCGAUGCUUCUGUUGUUGUAUUUUCUGUUCCUGUAUUUGUAGCGAUAUUUGCACGGAUAUUUUUGAAAGAGCCCUGUGGGCUAUUCAAUGUUGUUACUGUGUGUCUGACAUUGAUCGGUGUGUUAUUAAUAACACGACCAUCUCUAAUUUUUGGCAAUACCGUAGAAUCUCUCUCAGAUGGUAAUAUUAAACCAGGACAUGCGGAUUUAUGGGGUGCUGUGGCUGCUUUCUCAGCUACUUUAUUUGGUGCAAACGUAUAUGUCCUAUUACGCGCAUUGAAAGGUAUUCAUUUCUCCGUUAUAAUGACAAAUUUCGGUUCGUUUGCUUUAAUACAAACUACAUUUAUAUCAUGGGUUAUUGGUGCGUUAUGUUUACCACGUUGUGGUACAGAUAGACUUUUGGUUGUUGCACUCGCAUUAUUUAGUUUUGCAGGUCAAAUCUUACUAACUUUAGCUCUUCAGCUAGAACAAGCUGGUCCAGUGGCCAUAGCAAGGUCCACAGAUAUUGUUUUUGCAUUUUUCUGGCAGGUACUAUUUUUUAAUGAAAUACCAAACCGAUAUUCUGUAGGAGGCGCUAUAUUAGUCACAAGUUCAGUAUUGUUAACAGGAUUAAGAAAAUGGGUUCUCUCCUUACCGGAAACAUCUAAUAUCAAAAAGUCUCUUAAAAUUUUAAUAAUGUAAAUAUUUUUUUUUUAUUAAAGACAAAAUAAAAAGCAGCUUAAAGUAGAUUAUACUUUAUAAAAAUUAAUAUAAUUUAUUUAUUCUACCACAUUUUAUUUAUAUAAAAUGUGUGUACUAUUGUGUUCGUAGCUGUUAAGGAAGGGACUUUUCGGGAUUUGUAUGCCUAAAGAAUUAGAACCUACGCACUGAAUAAGAUUCUCCGUACUUUCAUAGUAAAAAAAUAUAUUUGCCGUUAAAUUACACACUGACUGUUGCUGCGAGUUGCGGUUAUAAUGGUCGGACUACGUGCGGUACAAUUUGUGAUAUUCGGGAGCGAUCAUCGGUUUAUCUCACGAUCUUACUUAUAUAAUUAAUUAGGAAGGAAGGAAGGGAGUGUAAUGACUGCCCGGAGCACGUAUCGUGUUCCGUUUUAGUCUUUCUCUUCCGCUGCUUACUCGGCUUCCGAGAACUGAUCGUGACUUGCCUUUCCUUGAUCACGUCUUGCUUCAUACCAUUAUAUCUUUUUUUUAUCUUUUCGAUGUCUUUGUAAUAUUUUUUUGUUAGUUUAAUAUUUCUUAAUCCGUUUUCCUUAUUUAAUUUUUCUAAACUUGUGCUAUAUUCCUUGUUUUAAUAUUUAAUUUUAUGAAUUUUUUAAUUUUCUCUUCCUUAAUCUUGCCUGCUCUACUUUUUAUUUUUUAAUAAGAAAUUGAUGGUUGGAUUUCAAUAGUAUAUGUGUACGUGUGUGUGUGUGUGCGCGCGCGUGUGUGUAAUGUGUGUAUGUGUAUAAAUAUAUAAUACAAAUGUGUACAUAUGAUAUUUUUAAUUGAUUAUGCGCAAUAUUUUUAUUUCUAUUUAUGCAUGGUCAUAUGGAGAUGUGAGACAGUAAAAAAAUAUGAAAAAAUUAAGAGGGGAAUUAAGAAAAAGAGUCAAUCGAAUUAAUAUAAAAAUUCAUCUUUUUGUUAUAUAGUCCCUUUACUCAAAAUGUUCCAUCAUUUUGAAUCAGUUAGCUCUUUGUAAACAAAUUUUUCUCUUUUGCUAUGCAUUUAUCUUGUAACUAUGUGAUCAUGAAUAAAAUGAAAAAUGAAUAAAGAAUAUGUAACAUUU